CUUUUUAGCUUCAUUCACGGUUAUGUGUUACAAUGUGUUAUGUGAUAAAUACGCCACCCGGCAGCUAUAUGGCUAUUGCCCAUCCUGGGCAUUAAACUGGGAAUACAGGAAAAAGGGAAUUAUGGAAGAAAUUGUUAACUGUGACGCAGAUAUCAUUAGUCUUCAGGAAGUAGAAACAGAGCAAUACUUCACUCUCUUUCUGCCAGCAUUGAAGGAGCGUGGAUAUGAUGGAUUUUUUUCUCCAAAGUCACGUGCCAAAAUCAUGUCUGAGCAGGAGAGAAAGCAUGUGGACGGUUGUGCAAUAUUCUUCAAAACAGAAAAGUGAGUUAAGGAAACAGCAUAAUAGUUUAAACUAAUUUUUUUAAUUGUCACAUAUUUGAGAUUAUCUUUCGUUUAACCCUGUAAUAAUAAACAAAAAGCUAGAAAGCAAGUGCUAUAAAAAUUAAAACUAUUGGUAAUGUUUUACUUCUUGUGUUAUGUAUUAGAAAUAAGAGUGCUUACUUUAUUAUUCCUUAUGCUUCUAUUGCCAAAAGACACUAAAAAUAUUUAAGAGAUAUAUAUAUUUGAAUAUGGCAUUAUAAUCACAUUUCCAAAUAUGUUUUUGUGAAGUAAAACAUUAGUUCAGGUGCAUGAAAAGAAAGUAGUACUUUUUAAGGGUAGAAGUAAAUGAUGACAAUAUAAGUUGGUCACAGGGACAGUACAGCAUGGAGAUUCUGUAACAUCUUUA